UAUAAAUAUAUAAUUUAUAUCGUUACUCUACAAUUAUAGUAACGAUACUCUCUAUAUAUAUAUAUAUGCUUCUGCUUUUUCUUUUUCUCUUUCUUACUCUUACUCGCUCUCUUCAAUGGUCACCAUGUUAAUCAAUUCAAUCAAUCAACAAUCUCCGGUACGGGUAGUGGUUCCACCAGUUCCAAUCAAUGAAGAAUCUCCAGUACGGGUAGUGAUUCGACAAGUAUGGAAAGGAAAUCUUCUCGAAGAGUUCAAUCAUAUCGGAAAAUUGAUUCAUGAUGAGGGUUUUCGUUACGUCUCAUUGGAUACUGAGUUUCCUGGUUGUAUAUUUCAUCCUCAUCCAAACCCCAAUACUCACUACAGAGUUCAUCCAAUUUAUCAGUAUAAUGUGAUCAAAAAGAAUGUCGAUUUGCUCAAUCUUAUCCAAUUGGGUCUCACUCUCAGUGACUCAGACGGUAAUUUGCCAAAUCUCGACGGCGAAACUUUCGUGGUUUGGCAAUUUAAUUUCAACGAUUUCAACAUAUACUACGAUCGUCGUGCACAAAAUUCAAUCGAUUUGUUGAAGAAACAGGGGACAGAUUUUCAGAGAAACCUUUCGGAGGGAAUCAAUUCUGCCCACUUUGCUGCCCUAAUGUACCAUUACAAGCUCGUCCUCAACAAUGACAUUACAUGGAUUACCUUCCACAGUGCCUAUGAUUUUGGGUAUUUGGUAAAGAUUCUUACUGGUUGUUUACUUCCUCACGCUUUGCCUGAUUUUCUAUAUCUGGUGAGACACUUUUUUGGUCAAAAUGUUUAUGACAUGAAGUACUUGAUGGGUUUCUUUCCUGGUCUGUAUGGGGGUUUGGAAAGUUUGGCUAGUUCGUUGCAGAUCGUAAGAGAAGUUGGGUUGAGCCAUCAGUCUGGUUCGGAUAGUUUGCUGACAUUGAGGACUUUUCAGAAGAUUAGAUUGACUUAUUUUGAGUCUGAUGAAAAGGAGUUGAGAAAAUUUGUUGGUGUUUUGUAUGGCUUAGAGUUAGAAAUUUGCUGUGAUUCACCCUAGUUUCUUGAUUCUGAUCAUAAUACUAUUUUGUUUGGCUUAAUUUGUGAUUAUGACUAAUGCAAAACAAAAAUUCGGU